AUGGACCCGCUGGACGUGCUCUUGUACGCCGCGGCCAUCACGUACGGCCUUGUGUGCAUCUUUGCUGGGUACCGCCGCAUCGAGCUCGUCAUCGCCGGGCUCCCGCCGCUCACAACGAUCGCCGCCGCCGACGCGUUGGAUGUCAACCGCUUCACGGGCAUCUCGAUCGCGUUCCUCGUGCUCAUUCUGUGUCUUCUCGUGCACGCAUCGCUCGUCCGAGACUACGCUGCGUCAUACUAUGGCCUCGGACUCUUCGCCUUGUACGUGGCAGCGAUCGCGCUGGCCUUUGACUACACGCUCACGUCGCUCCGCGUGUUUCCGUUCGUGCUGCAGCUCUGCCUCUAUGUGGCCACCGCGCUCGCGUUCGUUUUGUACGCUCGGUACGCCGCGCGCACCAGUGAGCGGCUGCGACUCGUUCACACAACGACGCUCCUCGGCACGCUUGUGGUCGCCGAGACCUUUAACAAGGGCCACACGGAGCGAAACCACGUCCAGUGCUCGCUGCUCUACACGGCUGGCGUCGUGGUUGUGACGCUGCUUGGCGUGUGGUACCAAACCCGAUUCCUCCAGCCGGACGCACGUCUCUCGCUCGUGAGCACGGCGUUUUCCGAGAUUACGACACCACGCCCCGAGGUCGACGAGUGGGUCUCGACGCCCUAUUACAUGGACGUGCUCGUGCAAGACGAAGCCGAGUUGGAUGCGAUGAAGGCGGCAAUCUGCCGCAACGAGCGUCUCGCUGUCUAAUGGCCGCAGGAUGUGCAGGAAGAUGUGGCACGCAGAUCCUGGCGCCACAAGAUAUAGUUGUAGGGUCACAUAAUAGCAAGGUAAUUUAGUGGUAGUAUACUCGGAA